AUGCAUUACCUUGCAUUCGCAGUGCUCUUGACAAUAGGACCCUUGGUCCAUACUCGUCCUUCCAGUGAAAUUCAAGUAGAUGACGUUAUAUAUACACCAGAGCAAUUGCAAUUCUUUGAAGGAAAUAUGACUAGUAGGAUUGUUUUAUCCUGGUCAGGUUAUUACUGGAAAAAGAGCACUCUGGUAUAUAGCUUUGGCGUGGGUCUGUCAUCUGCAGACCAGGCUCUAGUAAAAAAUGCCAUGAAGGAAAUAUCAUCACAGACUUGUGUCAAAUUUCGAAAGACAUUGAGUAGUCGCGAGCCGCAAGUAGUAAUUCAACGAAAGGAUGCCGGAUGCUGGUCCUAUGUAGGAUAUUUGGGCGUUACCAACCAGGAACUCAAUCUUGGCAGUGGAUGCAUGUCUAGUCGCACGAUUCAGCAUGAACUGCUCCACGCCUUGGCCUUUUACCACACUCAAAGCGAUCCCCAAAGAGAUCAGUAUGUGCGAAUAUACCCAGAGAAUAUCAAGCCCGGCCAUAAACACAAUUUCAAUAAGCUUCGAGCUGGCGCAGUGACUGACUUCGGACUGGGCUACGAUUACGAUAGUAUUAUGCAUUACGGUCCAUUUGCCUUUUCGAGAAAUGGAAACCCCACGAUUAUUCCUCUCCAGGCUAAUGCAAUUAUUGGUCAGGCGACUCAACUGAGUCCGAGGGAUGUGGCCACCCUAAAUCGCAUGUAUUGUUAGUUUUCUUAACUUUAUGUUAAUUUUAACAUUUUAUUUAAUGUGUUUAUUGGUGAUUUAAUUAAAUAAUUGGGGUGAUUGUUAAUUUAGAAAUUCAUUUGGAUUAAAAAUUACCAUACUUCACAA